GAUUCUGUCUGCGAGGGCUGUUACAAACACUGGACACCUACUCGUCUGAUGGGUUCGUGGAGGAGACCCUCUCUACCGUGGAUGUGAUCUGUAGGUUCUAUACGGAUCACAAACAACUUGUCAUCCCCCACGAGGUGGAGGAAGCCGUAUUCCGACUCAUAGCCAAGCACGGCCUGUCGAUGAUCAAACAGCUGGGUCUGGAGUAUGUAAAGAACAAUAACUACAUUAAGAAGAUGGUCGACACCGCCAUAGCCAGGAAGGUCCAUGGCGCCGACCGAUAG